AUGGAAUACAAUUGGGUCUUAGAGAGAUAUAAGCAAAUGCAUCCAGAUCCAAUAGCAGUUGAAAAUUAGCAAUGCAAUUUAGUGGGAGGAAGCGGAUUGAUUGUUUAAAUGAUUUUAGGAUUCCUUUCUUUUACAGUUUUAGUUUACAAAAGAACAUAGGAGAAACCUUAGCGACCCUUCAAAAUUUGGCUUUUGGAUAGCUCUAAAUAAGUACUUAGUUCUCUUUUUGCCCAUUUAGCUAAUAUGAUAUUUUCAAUCGUUUUAACUACUCCUGAAGAGGGAGAAUCAAUUCCUCCUCCAAGCUUAAUCUCUAAUCAUGCAUUAUAUAUCUACGGUUAUUAUUAAAAAAUAAAAAUGGAUAAUAACUUUAAUCUCGUUUCUAUUGAUGAGUAAAAUGAUCCAUGUAAUUAUUAUUUUGUGACUGUUGUCAUUGACACUUCAUGUGGAGUCUUUUUGGCUUGUUUUUUGUUGCUUUAGUUAGAUAAUCUGCUCAAAAGAAAAGGCUGUGAAAACCUCCGUACUGGAAAUUAUUACAAAGAAACCAAAGUUUUUAAAAAAAGGACUAUAGUAGACGAAAAUUAGAAUAUAAUGAAUAUACCAAUGGAAGACGUCAAUUAUAUAGAAAUAGACUAUCUUACUUGGCUUAUACAACUAGCUAUUUGGCUCACUUUAACAUUUAUUUCUAAAAUGAUUUUAUUCUUUGUGCAGGCUUUAUUAAAAUAUCCUCUUGGUUUAGCUAGUUACUUCCUUUUGUACUGGCUUAACAGCAUGCCAGUUGUUAAACUCGUUUUUGUUAUGAUUAUAAUUCCUACAAUUAUGAACGGUAUGCAAUUUUGGAUACAAGAUAAUGUACUUAAGAAGAAGAGCUAUGCAGCUGAUACCGAAGAUAUAGAAGAAGAUGACCAAGACAACGAAGAUAUAAUUAUUAAAAAGAAUUUCUAUGUUAGUGAAUUAUAUGCAAAUGAAGAAUAGUAUUCCACAUAGAUGCAAAGACACAUAGAAAGAAGAGAUUCAAAAAUUUUACCUAAUACUUUGUAGGUGUAAUAACCAUCAAUUGACUCUAUCUCGUAGCUUCACAAUGUCAGUUUUACUAAAAACUAUCAUGAAAAUAAGAAAAAAGAUUCUUUUACUGUAAUAUGCUCAGAAAUUACUUAAAAUAUCUAAAAUACAUUAUAUAAAGGAGAUACUAAUUAGGCAUAUGAAGGAGAUUAAAGCUCCUUAAAUAAAGGUUUUGUUAUGUCUAGUAUAAAUACUCCAGUAAAUAGCGAAUUUGCAGAAUCAACCCCGAAUGUUUUGAAUGCAAAUAUUCUCAAUAAUAAUAAUAAUAAAUUUUCUAAAUUCAAAGAUAUAUAACUUGAUCGUUCUCCAACAACAGAGUCAAUGGGCUAAGAUUUAUAGGCUAAUAGUUUAUAAAAAUUUUAGUCUAAAUAAAAAUCUAAUUAAAUUUUAGAGGAAGUAAGUUAGUUAUCAUAAACUCCUUAAAAAAAUGCAAAUAAUUCUUUCAAUAGAAAUAAACCUUACUGA